AUGGAUAUCCUUGCCACUUUAGAUCCCAAUGAUCUCUUCUCUGCCAAGGGCCUCGUCGUCGUCAUUACAGGGGGAGGCAGUGGGAUUGGCCUCGCCAUAACCUCGUGUCUAAGCCAAGCUGGUGCCGCCCGUGUUUAUAUCCUCGGCCGCCGCCUAUCUACACUCCAGGAAGCUGCUAGGAGUGUCGGUGACGCUGUUGUACCAGUACAAUGCGAUAUCACUAACUGUUCCUCCGUUUCGGCCGCUGUUGCGAAGAUAGAAGACGAAAUUGGCUAUAUUGAUGUUUUAAUCAAUAAUGCCGGCGUGCAGGGCCCCGAUCACAAGCCUGCUAGAGAUGCGGAAACAAUCGAGGACCUGCAGAAGAUCUUACUCAUCGAUCCAGAAGGAUGGCAGCCUACCUUCGCAGCUAAUUCAAGUGCAGUUGUUGGAGUCUCAGCCGCUUUCCUGAAACUUCUUGAUGCCGGAAACAGACGGCGGGGCUGGGAAGGAGGCAAGAUUCCUUUGGGACGACCUCGGCAGCGCGAUAUCACAGGCUUCACGGACGAUGAGAGAAGUAGCCAGAUAAUAACAGUCGGGAGUAUCUCUGGCCUUAAUCGCUUCAUAACAGCGGGGUUAGCCUAUGGCGCGAGCAAGGCUGCAGCAAUUCAUUUGAUGUAUCCUUCAAGCAUGACAGCUGGAACCAAAGACAAUUACAGCUACAUGGAAGUCCCCGCUGGCCGGAAAGGUGGCUAUCGGGAUAUUUGUGGUGUCGUUCUGUAUCUUGUAGGGAAGGCCGGAGCUUAUGUCAAUGGCAGCAUGGAGAAUACAGAUGGAGGCCGCCUGAGCGUGAUGCCUGCAACAUAUUAA